UAUUUCUUACCGUGUAAUAUUUGCUUUUGCCACAAUGGCUUUGACAAUCGGAGAGCGUGUGGAGCGCUUCCUGCUGGUCCUCCUUCCCGGGCUGUUCCUGGCUCUCUUUAGGCUGGUCUCACCCGGCACAAAGCGACCAAAACAUCUCCCUCCAAUCAAAAACCCACUGCUUACUCUUUCUGCAGUGCAACUGGCCGAGAAGAUACGCAGAAGAGAGGUUACUAGUGUAGAGGUUGUGCAGGCCUACAUUGACAGGAUACAGGAGGUGAACCCACUGCUCAAUGCUUUGGUCAAAGACAGGUUUCCGUCCGCCAUUCAGGAGGCCGCUCGUGCGGAUAAAGUAAUAGAGGAGGAGAACAGAGGAGAGGAAGCCCUGAGGAACCGAUUUCCUCUGCUGGGAGUUCCUCUGUCUGUCAAAGAGUCUUUCGCACUACAGGGUAUGCCCAAUUCUGCUGGGUUGAUAUCUCGCAGGAAAGUACUUGCCAGUGCGGAUGCUCCUCCUGUGUCUCUAUUGAAGAGAGCUGGAGCAAUUCCUCUGGGAGUCACCAACACCAGUGAGCUUUGCAUGUGGAUGGAGUCCAGCAACCACCUCUAUGGGAUCACCAGUAACCCCUAUGACCUCGAGAGGAUAUGUGGAGGAAGCUCAGGUGGAGAAGGAAGCAUCAUCGGUGGUGGUGCAGCUGUGAUGGGCAUCGGCUCUGACAUUGGAGGAAGUAUCCGCAUGCCUUGUUUUUUCAAUGGGAUAUUCGGCCAUAAACCUUCAAAAGAUGUGGUGUCAAAUGACGGUCAGUUUCCUUCGUGCACGGGUCUCCAAAAUGACUACACAGGUUCCGGUCCAAUGUGUCGCUACGCUGAAGACCUGCUCCCUCUUCUGAAGAUUAUGGCUGGACCCACUGCAGACAAGCUCUCCCUCUCAGAAAAGGUGGAUCUGAAAAAGUUACGUUUCUUCACUGUAGUAGAUGAUGGUGGAUCUCCACUGACAUCUCCAGUAGAUAACCAGCUCGUUCAAGCUCAAAAAAGGGUGGCUGCACGCUUAGAGGCAGAUCUGGGAGUCACUGUUAAGAAAGUUAGUUUUCCUCAACUCAAAUACUCUUUCGAGAUCUGGAACACAUUCUUGGCUCUACCUGACAAAGAUGGCAAGCCUCCUGAGCCUUUUGUUGAGUUAAUGGCUGAUGGAGGCUCCGUGUGGCCUUUUUGGGAGCUGAUAAAGAGGAUUUUUGGAAGAUCUGAACACACUGUGGCCGCUAUUGGUUUGGCUCUGAUGGAGAGUUUUCACAGCUCUAAGCCAUCUCAGUUCAUCCUGAAACAAAAGGAAGAGCUGCAGAAAGAAAUGGAAGAUCUGCUGGGUACAGACGGAGUGCUGCUGUACCCCUCUCAUCCUCUUCUUGCACCCAAACACCACCAUCCCCUUUUCACACCAUACAACUUCAGUUACACAGGUAUCCUGAACAUUUUAGGCUUGCCAGUGACCCAGUGUCCACUGGGUUUGAGUAAGGAGCGAUUGCCUUUGGGCGUCCAGGUGGUGGCUGGGAAGCUUCAAGACCAUCUACCGUUGGCUGUGGCGCUCUACCUGGAGAAAGCUUUUGGAGGCUGGGUUGAUCCUGGAGUGGCUUAAGCACUGAAGACAGUGAAGAAAAUGCUGAAACUAUAGGCAAGACAUAGCAUAUAAAAAGACAACCUCUACUAACACUGCUUCAUCCAGUUAAUUUAAAGGGACAGUCACCCAAAAAAUCAGUCAUCAUGUACUCCUAUUGUUUCAAAACUUUAAGAUGUUCCCCUAUGAAUGCUUGUAACUGAACGGUUACAGAAGAAAGUAAGUCUUGGAUCAACACGAGGGUGUGUAAAAGAUGGCAGAAAUUGUAUUUGAAUGAACUAUCCCUUUGAAACAAAUAAUUGGCUAAAAAGCCAUGUCCAUAUUAAAACAUGACUUGCAAAACAGUGUAAUAAUAUAGCAGAUCUAUAACAGCAGAUUUAUUAAGAAAUGUGAACAAGAAAAAUGUCAUCUGGGCUUUAACUAGUUAUUUGCAUCCUACAUGAUUUCAGGCAAACAAAAGGACACGGCGUAACAGGUAUAAUGAAUGUAGUCUUUAAAAAGUAUUCUUGCAUUGAAAGUAAUCGUCAAUAUGAGAUAGGCAGAACACAUUUUCACUCAAAAAAAAAAAAAUACAUAGCUAUUAUUACUGCUAUUGUAUACUGAAUGUAACAAACAAUUCAAAUACCUUUGAGUUAAGGUGGAUAUUGACUUAAACCAUUUGUAAAAAAGUAUCAAAAUAAUCUUGAACGUCUAGCUGCCUAAAUAUUCAGAAACUCCUUUUCCACUUAAAAAAAAAAACGUAUGGUACCAAAGAUUAUGUGUUUCAGAAUUCAUACGCCACUCAUGUCAAUAAAAUCUGUUCUACA